AUGGCAAUGACCGCAGCUCCCGGUCAUCCGACCACUGGAUGCAGCCUCAAUGUGACGCGCGAUCCGAUAACCGCCCCGCAACUGCCACGCCACGUCCCGCCUUCCCUCCCCUUGGAAGAUCUCUUCCGCGCCUCCUACAACGAACUCGAAUACCUCAAGCUCUACCUCGGCGACCUGCAAGACCCGAACACGCACCACCACCCCUUCACCAGCGCGCAUAUUGACGAAGUCGAAACCUUCCAGGCCUACAUCACCCAUCAAUACACCCUCGUGUUCAAGCACGCCUUCCCGCACCGCGCCAACGAACCCUUCGGCCUCACCAUCCACCAAGAAUCCACCACCCGGGCCAACGUAACACUACUCCUCCGCCACCUCGACGCAGCGAACUGGGCCCUCGCGCGCUGGGCCCAGCAGAACAUACUCCUCGACAUAGCACAAGCCGACCUCCGCCGCCGGGGCGUGACGCGCGGGGAAGCACUCUGGACGCAGCGGUACGCGGCGAUCAAGGCGCGUGUCGACGGGGUGCUGGCAGGGUCCCGCUACCGGGGCCAGCCGCUGGCGUACGUGGGCAGCCUCAACCACGGCAUCCGGGGCGCCCACAAGGGCAAGACGGCGAUUAACCUCCACGACUUCGACGUGGAUUUGUUUGUCGUGCACCCCGCCGAGUGGCGCCGCCUUCUGCCCGCCAUCCGCACCGGGUAUCCCGACCACCUCAGCAACGAGAAGAUCUUCCCGCUGGAGACGCAUCUGCGCGAGCUACAGGAGUUGGGUGAGGCGGUGGGUCUGGCGUUGGCGGCGGAGUUACGGGGUAAGGUCAAGGGGGCGGGGCGGUUUAAGGGAGGGACGGAGAUUGUGCUGCGCGAGUUUGAUCGGUAUUUAUAUCACAUAGGCAAGUUCUUAUUCAUACUGCCAUUAUAUGCAGAUGAUAUACUUCACCUGCUUCGCAUCUGA